UGGGACGUCAGGUCACAGGCGGUGACUGACACAGCCUUCCCAGUCUUGUAGCUGAUGUAAGUCACAGCCUGUCAGACUAGGUCACAGGACAGCAUCACUGAUCAUUGUCUCUGCUAGUCUUACUACACUGUCUCAGCUCAGGAUGAGAGCCAUAGCCAUGUCUUCCAGCUCAGCAAUGGUGCGGAUCCUGAUAAAGGGCGGCAAGGUGGUGAACGACGACUGCACCCAGGAGGCCGACGUCUACAUCGAGAAUGGAAUCAUCCAGCAGGUGGGGAAGGAGCUGAUGAUCCCAGGUGGAGCCAAAGUGAUUGACGCCUCGGGAAAACUAGUCCUCCCCGGGGGUAUUGACACCAGCGUCCACCUGGAGGAGAGCUUCAUGAACGCCACCACGGCAGAUGACUUCUACAGCGGCACCAAGGCUGCUCUAGCUGGCGGUACAACCAUGGUGAUUGCACACAUUCUGCCAGAGAAGAAUGAGUCUUUGCUGGAAGCCUACGAGACGUGCCGCAGCUCGGCAGACCCCAAAGCCUGCUGUGACUACGCUCUGCACGUGGGCGUUACUUGGUGGGGACCCAAGGUGCGAGCUGAGAUGGAGAAGCUGGUGAGGGAGCACGGAGUGAAUUCCUUUCAGAUGUUCAUGGCCUAUAAGGACAUGUUCAUGCUGAGGGACAGUGAGCUCUUCCAGGCUCUGCAGCACUGCAAGGACAUCGGAGCUAUAGCACGAGUCCAUGCUGAAAAUGGGGAACUGGUGGCAGAGGGUGCAAAAGAAGCAUUGGACCUGGGCAUUAGUGGCCCAGAGGGGAUUGAAAUCAGCAGGCCUGAAGAGUUGGAAGCCGAGGCGACUCACAGGGCAAUCACCAUCGCCAACAGGGCCCACUGCCCGAUCUAUCUCGUCAAUGUGUCUAGUAUGUCCGCGGGAGAUGUGGUGGCUACAGCCAAGAUGCAGGGUAAGGUGGUCCACGGUGAAACAACCACAGCCCACGCGGUGCUUAACGGUAUGCAGUACUAUCAUCAGGACUGGGCCCAUGCUGCUGCCCAUGUUACCGUGCCACCUCUCCGCCUGGACCCCAACACUCCCGGUUUCCUAAUGAGCCUGCUGGGAAAUGACACUCUGAAUGUUGUGGGGUCCGACCACCGUCCAUUCACCAUCAAACAGAGAGCCAUGGGCAAGGAUGAUUUCACAAAGAUCCCCCACGGGCUUCCUGGUAUUCAGGAUCGCAUGAGUGUCAUCUGGGAGAAAGGAGUGAUCGGGGGAAAGAUGGAUGAGAAUCGCUUUGUUGCAGUCACAAGCUCAAACGCAGCCAAGAUCUACAACCUCUACCCGAGGAAAGGAAGGAUCAUCCCAGGAGCAGAUGCUGAUGUGGUGGUUUGGGACCCCGAGGGAUCCAAGACCAUUUCUGUGGAUAACCAGUUCCAGGGAGGAGAUGUAAACCUGUAUGAAGGUCUCCGCUGUCAUGGCGUACCCCUGGUCACCAUCAGCCGUGGCCGUCUGGUCUAUGAAAAUGGCAUGUUCACGUGUGCUGAGGGCUCCGGAAAGUUUUGCCCCCUGAGGACCUUUCCAGAUUACCUCUACAAGAAGAUGGUUCAGAGGGAAAAGUGCCAGGCUGUGAAAGCGGUUGAGCGGGAGCCCUACACAGGGGAUGUUGUUCCGGUGCUCAACUCAGGAAAGAGGGACUUCGGGGUUUCAGAUCUGGACACUCCGACACGCCGCACCCGGCACGGGGGCGUGAGGGACCUCCAAGAGUCCAGUUUCAGCCUGUCUGGUGCCCAGAUCGAUGACAAGAUUCCAAAGAGAUCUUCGGCCAGGAUCCUCGCUCCUCCUGGAGGGAGAUCCAGCGGGAUCUGGUAACCAAUCAGACGGCCAUUACGUGAAGCGGAAGAAUGACACCAGAGGGAAACAUAUGGCCAAGCAAGAUGACUUGUUUUUCUUUCUGGAAGCUUAGAAUAUGUAUGGGCUAAUGGAGUCGUGUUUUUAUUUUGAAGUCGGCACAGUUACAUAGGACUGUAAAACGUUAAACUGUAUUACAUUUUCCGUUAUAAAAUUGGAAUAUGGAUCAAGGAAAACUACUGCUAAGUGUUUAUAGCUACCAAAUUUCUGUCACAUGUCAAGCAAACAUAAGAAGCAAAAAAAAGAUGAGUUGCCAAAAAUUACUUUGGCUGUUGAAUCACUUUUGGGGAAAUAUCUAACUAAUAGUUUUAGCGAUCAAGGUGAGUCAUGGUUUUUAUGAAGCGAUUGUGUUACCUCACUGUAAAAUACGAUUUUGCACUUGUAUCAUGUACUAUUUAGAUGCCUUUUUACCUGAUUUAAUGUCACAAAUAUCACAAAUGUCUUUUUACUGCGAGCCAUGGUGAAUGAAAUGUAAUAGAUUACUACAAGGGUGUCGGCAUAACCUGAAUAUGUCAGUUAUGAAAAAUGUAGUUGACCAAUUGAAAAAUAUCGUAAUGCAAGCUAACCUUUUAUAUGCGUUUGUUUAUUUAUUUUUUUAUACUGCAUUAUUUGUGCUACCUUCCUUCGAUGCUACUGUGUUAGAAUUCUUUCCUAAGUGAAAAUGAGGACUUUGUUCAGUAGUUCAUCAUUGUCAGCAUCAUUAGCAUUUCAGAUCAUGUUUACAGCCUUAUAGCAGAAUAAAUUUCUGUUCCACCCCCACCAAAUGUGAAUGAACCUAUGUUGUGUGUACUGCGCAUGGUAGCAUAUUUAGAACUACUGUAAUAGGCACUAAUGUUGCCCAUGUUACGCAGCAUUCUUUGCGAUCGUAUCCAUUUUCCACAGAGAGCAAAAAGUCUCAACCAAACUGCCUUUUCUCACCUGAGAACACUGUCACCCACACUGCCAGGCUGGCACAGAUCCUAACAUUUUGAUGGCUGUUGUUUCUUUUAGAGUCUGCUCUUUUUACUGGUCUGAAAGGGCACGUUCCUCUGAAUGACAUUUCCGAUGUAACGCAGCACUGUGAAGCAUAUAGAGGGGAAGUGAUCCUCUUCAGUUUAACAGCAGAUAUGUUAGCCCGUUAAUGCCCUUUCUUCGGGGGAUCAAAUGCCUUCACAAUGUGCGCCACUGAAAGCACAGCAUCAUAACUGGAAGGUACGCUUGUUUAGCAACUACAGAAACGCACUGACACUACUACUGUAUUUCUAUUGUUUGUUUUUUAGUUUGUCAGAGUUGUUCUCGUGAAUAAUUGUCUUAGUAAUUGAUUUUGUUGUGUUUUUUUGUUGAAACUGCAGUGUAAGCAGGGGUGCACACAAGAUUAUUUUUGUUCCAAAGAUCAUCACACUACAAUAAAAGUUGUUGUUUUUUGUUUUGUUUUUUUGGGACAGAUUUCACUUACAGAAGCUCCAGUGAAUCUUGUUGUGUCUUCCCGCUCCCAAAUGUACACUGGUGCUGAACAAUGUGACGUCACAUUGAAUUCCUUUUAUCUUUUAUUUCUUCUUGCAGCUCUUUAUCACAUGAUUUGAGUGCAAAUAAACCACAAUGAAAUCUC